UGCACUGUAAGAAUCGAGUAAAGCAAAUAACCCGAUCGACUGUCUGCGGGUGCGCUGCCACAUCCAGCAGCAGCUAAGACUGUAAUCGGAGCUGCCAGAAUCGCACAAUGUGCCUCCGAUCGCCUUUAUCGGCCACCUUACUAAAUUAAUAACAUUAAAGCACUGUGGAAAUGUUGUUAUACUUUAAAGAGAACUCGCAACGCAGUUAUUUUGUAGAGGUAAAAACCUCAUUGUUAGCUCUUUUAAGGACUCCUAACUCGCAAAAGGGUACGGUGUUUACUUAGCAGUCCAUCCUGGUUCUGCUGUUUGCGAAGUUCUGCUUAAUGAUGGGAUUCGGUAAGAAGAUUUGCAUUUGUUUUGACUGGGAGGCAUUUUCAAAAGGCGCAUGUAUUAUUUUUUUCAGUACAUGGUAAGAUGGAAGAGGGCGUGAACAAUGCAAUUAGUCUCCUAUAGACAGGCAUAAAAAUAACUGCAGAAAACUCCAAACAGAAUCCGUUUUUUGAUGGGUUAGGGCGAUUUGGUACGAGUGUCAGCACUUCACAGAUAGUACAGCCUGGGUGGAAUUUAAACAUUGUCUUUGUAUUUUCUUUCACAUCCCCAAAGUUGUGUAGCCUGUGGUCAUUUGUGACUCUGUGUCCAGGCACCCUGUGUUGGUUUGUUUUUCACUUUGCAGCCACUGGUGCUGGUUUUGGCAGUGACACACGCAAACCUUAUUUGGACGAAGAAAGGUUUUGAGAAAAUAGGAGGUUACAAUGGCAACCGGAGGUGUCAAAAUGUCAGGUCCAGUGUGCCUCAUAGAAAAUGUCUCGGGGAAACUCCAGAUAAAUCAGAAGGCUGUGGACAUCCUAUCUGGCAUCAAUCAGCCAGUGGUUGUGGCAUCCAUUGUGGGCAUGUAUCGCACCGGCAAAUCCUAUCUAAUGAAUAAGCUAGCAGGGCAGAAAAAGGGCUUUUCUCUGGGAUCAACCAUCCAGUCUCACACAAAGGGCAUUUGGAUGUGGUGCGUUCCACACCCAAUGAGGGAUGGACAAACUCUGGUGCUGCUGGACACUGAAGGACUGGGUGAUGUGGAGAAGGGAGAUAACAAAAAUGAUAACUGGAUCUUUGCUUUGGCUGUCCUCCUGAGCAGCACACUGAUCUACAAUAGCAUGGGCACCAUCAACAAUGAUGCUGUACAGAAUUUGCACUAUGUGACUGAGCUAACUGAGCUCAUCAAGGUAAAAUCGAAGCAAGAAGACCCAGAUGAGUCAUCAGAAUUUGCUCGGUUCUUCCCUUCUUUUGUAUGGGCAGUGCGAGAUUUCAGUCUUCAACUAGAACUGAAUGGGAGGCCUGUUACAGCAGACGAGUACCUUGAGAACUCUCUCAAGCUUAAACCUGGAGUCAACAAAAAUGUCCAAAAUUACAACUUACCUCGAGAGUGCAUCCGGAACUACUUCCCCAAACGCAAGUGCUUUGUGUUUGAACGACCCUCCACUGUGGAGUGCAUGCGAAAGCUGGAAGAAAUGGAUGAGUCGAAGCUAGAAAAGGGAUUUAUAGAAGAGACAAAGAAGUUCUACAAUUUCAUCAUGAGAGAAACAUCCGUAAAAACCUUAAGCGGAGGCAUCACUGUAACUGGCCGUUUGCUGGGAAAUUUAGCCACCACAUAUGUGGACGCAAUCCUCAGUGGGUCCGUCCCAUGUCUGGAAAAUGCCGUGUUAGCUCUUGCCCAGAUUGAAAACUCGACUGCAAUCAGCCUUGCUGUUGCCCAUUACUGUGAGGAGAUGGACAAGCGAGCCAAAUUGCCUACUUCAACUCAGGCAGAGCUAUCUGACGUGCAUCUUCAGUGUGAAAAAGAAGCGGUUAAAAUCUUUAUGGAGCGAUCUUUUAAGGAUGAAGAUCAGAAAUACUAUUUAGAGCUAAUGAAAUUGUUGGAAGAACAAUAUACUUUAGUUUGUCAAAGGAAUGAAAAGGAAUCAAGGGAGGUUUGCUCCAGUCUCCUGCAGAACCUCUCCAAGAAAAUGAGAGAGGCGCAAAACGCCGGGAACUACAUGAAACCAGGUGGAUUCAAGAUUUAUCAGGUGGACCUGGAAGGUGUGAUCCGUGACUACAAGGGCAACCCUAGAAAAGGCAUCAUGGCUGACACGGUUCUGAAUGAAUUUCUGAGGGCUAAAGAAAGUGAGGGCAAAGGGAUCUUGAAUGCAGAUAAGUCUCUUUCAGCUCAGGAAAAACAAAUUAAAGAGGAGCAAACCAAACGUUUAGCAACUGAAAGAGAAAAUGAAGUAAUUAAGAAGCAGCAGGAAAUCCUUCAGAAGCGAAUAGAAGAUCAAAAGAAGGCAUUUGAUGAGAACAUCAAGCAGCUCCAGAAAAAAUGUGAAGAAGAACAGAAAAAGGCAAAGGAAGAAAGUGAGAGAUUCCUGAAUGUAAGGCUUAAGGAACAGCAACAGCUUCUGGAGGAAGGAUUUGAGAAAAAAGCAGGACUGUUGAAUGAAGAGAUUAAUAGACUGAAGCAGGAGGUUGCAAAUGAAAGCAAACCAUCAUUGUUUGGACAAAUUUUGGAUACCGUUGGAUCAGCUGCUACAUUGUUCAUGCCAGGAAUUGGAGGAAAGCUGCUUGGAGUUGGCACAUCACUGCUUUCUAAAUUGUUCUGAAUAGCACCACGAGAUGGUGAACUAAGACACGUGCACUUGAUCAACAUUAAAAGGGAGCUGAUUGCGGAAGGGCUCAGUGUUCAAGGAUAUGGCCAGCCUGUUUAUUUCAAACUCAAAGCAAUCAGAUAAAAGUUUAAUACUAUAUUCUAUCAACGUGGAUUGGAGAGACCAAUGAGGGUUUGAGGAUGUAGCAAAUUAUAAAAGUCGCAUUUGUACUUGUUAGGAUGAAAUUAAGCCGCUUUUCUUACAGCUGACAACAUGAAGGUCCGAGUGAAAAAUAAGGGGAGUAACUGAACUGCCUACUUUGUUAAAUUAUAAAUAAUACAUUGCUAAUAUGUGAGUUGUAUACAGUAUAUAUAAAUAGGUUUAUACUUCAAGUUAAGAAAUAUCAUUUGAGAUGAUGAUGUCAAACCUCUCAAAGUGAUAAAAUAGGCUUUCACUGGAUUAUUUAUUGUAUGUGUUCUGUAUGUAACACAUACAGUAUGUGUUCUAUGUUUGUAAGCUUCUGGCAUCUU